AGAAUAACAUGCCGUCGAACUAAUAUUAGAAGUUAAUAAUCACGUGCUGUACAGUAGCAAAGCAUCACAAUCUUUUUGCGCCUUUGCCGCGUUGCUCUGUGACCCGGGAAUAAGCGGGGCGAAGCUGUUGCGCGCCGUUGAUGAAGCCAGGGGAUACUGUUACGGCCGGACAGCAGCAUCCUUCCGUCCAGGCGAUCGCUCCGCUCUCUUCUCUGUCCCAGUCGGACGCAGGAGUAAUGGAGAGGAUCACCAUGUAGACAGCAGCAGGCUGACACAAGCAGAAUGGGAAACUACACAUGGAGAAGAAGAGGAUUGCAGCCCUCAACGUAGGAAUUGCCUGGACUUCUACUUGGCUUUUCUAGUGCUCCUGGAUGGACUCGUUUCUCUAUUGCCUGAAUCAGAAGGAUCCCUCCUUGCACCUCAGACAUUGGACUGGAUUUCCCCCUCCCGUCUCUCACCCAGACCCAGCGAUCUAAGACUUCUUCAGCGGUGGCUUUCUGUUUUUUUUUUUUUCUUCCUCCUGAUAGCACUGUCACCGCUCGCCGCUCGAGCUUCCGAGCGAUAACUGAGACACCAUGGGGGACAUGACCAACAGCGAUUUUUACGCCAAGAACCAAAGAAACGAGGGCAGCCAUGCCGGCGGCUUCGGCUGCUCCCUCAUGGACCUCCGUACGCUCAUGGAGCUGCGGGGCAACGACGCCAUCGUCAAAAUUCAGGAGGACUAUGGGGACGUGGAGGGACUCUGCAAGCGCCUGAAAACGUCGCCGACCGAGGGCCUGGCUGGAGUUGCCACAGACCUGGACAAAAGGAAAGAAACUUUUGGGAGAAACCUUAUACCUCCAAAGAAGCCAAAAACUUUCUUACAGUUAGUGUGGGAAGCACUACAAGAUGUGACCCUUAUUAUUCUAGAAAUUGCCGCCAUCAUCUCUCUGGGUCUUUCGUUUUAUCAGCCACCAGGGGAAGGGAAUGAAGCGUGCGGGGCUGCUGCUGGGGGUGUCGAGGAUGAGGGCGAAUCGGAGGCCGGCUGGAUCGAGGGCGCUGCCAUCUUGCUCUCGGUUGUCUGCGUUGUGCUUGUCACGGCUUUCAAUGACUGGAGCAAGGAGAAGCAAUUCAGGGGCUUACAGAGUCGGAUCGAGCAGGAGCAGAAGUUCCAAGUUGUCCGUGGAGGCCAGGUCAUCCAGCUUCCUGUGGCAGAUAUCGUGGUCGGCGAUAUCGCGCAGGUCAAAUACGGUGACCUACUUCCAGCCGAUGGGAUCUUAAUACAAGGAAAUGAUCUGAAGAUUGAUGAGAGCUCCUUAACAGGGGAGUCGGAUCACGUACGGAAAGCGCCGGACAGAGACCCCAUGCUCCUCUCUGGUACCCACGUGAUGGAGGGCUCAGGGCGGGUGUUGGUCACCGCAGUGGGGGUCAACUCCCAGACAGGCAUCAUCUUCACACUUCUGGGUGCCAGCGGAGAAGAGGAGGAGAAGAAGGAAAAGAAAGGUGAGGCAGUGGAGAAUGGCCAGCAGACUACAGACCACUCCCAUCCGUCCUCCCACCCCAUCGCAACAAUAACUACCGAUGGGGCUGCGGGCGCUGCUGGUAGUGCCAGCCUAGUCAAUGGUAAAAUGCAAGAUGGGAAUUUGGAGAACAGCCAGACCAAAGCAGUGAAAAAACAGGACGGCGCGGCCGCCAUGGAGAUGCAGCCUCUGAAGAGUGCCGAAGGCGGCGAGUCUGAUGAGAAGGAGAAGAAAAAGGUCAACGUCUCCAAGAAGGAGAAAUCAGUCCUUCAAGGAAAACUGACCAAGCUAGCUGUUCAGAUCGGCAAAGCAGGUUUGGUGAUGUCUGCUAUCACAGUGAUCAUCCUGGUUCUGUACUUUUGCAUCGAUAACUUUGUGGUCCUGAAAAGACCCUGGUUGCCGGAGUGCACACCCAUCUAUAUCCAGUACUUCGUCAAGUUCUUCAUCAUCGGAGUCACGGUGCUGGUAGUAGCCGUUCCGGAAGGCCUUCCCUUGGCCGUCACCAUCUCCUUGGCCUACUCCGUCAAGAAAAUGAUGAAGGACAACAACUUGGUGCGGCACUUGGACGCCUGCGAGACCAUGGGCAAUGCCACCGCCAUCUGCUCGGACAAGACGGGCACGCUGACUACCAACCGCAUGACAGCAGUGCAGCUUUACGUGGCCGACGUCCACUACAAAGAGAUCCCUGACCCUUCUGUCCUGCCCCCCAAAACUUUGGAGAUACUAAUCAACGCCAUUUCCAUCAACAGUGCCUACACCACUAAGAUUCUGCCUCCCGACAAGGAGGGCGGCCUCCCAAAGCAGGUGGGCAACAAGACGGAGUGUGGCCUGCUGGGCCUUGUGUUGGACCUCAAGCGAGACUACCAGCCCAUCCGUGACCAGAUGCCUGAGGAGAAGCUUUACAAGGUCUACACCUUCAACUCCGUGAGGAAGUCCAUGAGCACAGUGAUCAAGCUUCCAGACGGCAGCUUCCGCAUGUACAGCAAGGGCGCUUCCGAGAUUCUGCUCAAGAAAUGCUCUCGUAUCCUGAACGAGACUGGGGAGGCGAAGCUGUUUCGGCCACGUGACCGGGACGAGAUGGUCAAGAAAGUGAUCGAGCCCAUGGCGUGUGACGGCUUGAGGACCAUCGGCGUGGCUUACCGUGACUUCUCGGCCAGCCCCGAGCCUGAUUGGGAAAACGAGGCGGACAUCCUCACUGACCUGACCGGAAUAUGCGUGGUCGGCAUUGAGGACCCAGUCCGGCCAGAGGUACCGGCGGCCAUCCAGAAGUGCCAGCGAGCUGGCAUCACGGUGCGCAUGGUGACAGGGGACAACAUCAACACGGCCCGCGCCAUCGCCAUCAAGUGCGGCAUCAUCCACCCCGGCGAGGACUUCCUGUGCAUCGACGGGAAGGAGUUCAACAGGAGGAUCCGCAACGAGAAGGGAGAGGUCGAACAGGAGCGUAUCGAUAAGGUGUGGCCCAAACUCAGGGUUCUGGCAAGAUCCUCUCCCACCGAUAAACACACCUUGGUCAAAGGCAUAAUCGACAGCACAAUGGUAGAACAGAGACAGGUGGUGGCUGUGACAGGGGACGGAACCAACGACGGACCCGCAUUGAAGAAGGCAGACGUGGGCUUCGCCAUGGGUAUUGCAGGGACAGACGUUGCUAAGGAGGCCUCGGACAUCAUCCUGACGGAUGACAACUUCAGCAGCAUCGUGAAGGCGGUGAUGUGGGGCCGUAACGUGUACGACAGCAUCUCCAAGUUCCUGCAGUUCCAGCUGACGGUGAACGUGGUGGCCGUCAUCGUGGCCUUCACUGGAGCCUGCAUAACGCAGGAUUCCCCUCUGAAAGCAGUGCAGAUGCUCUGGGUGAACCUGAUCAUGGACACUUUCGCCUCCCUGGCCUUGGCCACAGAGCCUCCCACCGAAUCCCUCCUAAUGAGGAAGCCCUACGGACGCAACAAGCCACUCAUCUCCAGCACCAUGACCAAGAACAUCUUGGGCCACGGUGUCUACCAGCUGGUUAUAAUCUUCACGCUGCUUUUUGUGGGUGAGAACAUUUUCGACAUUGACAGUGGCAGGAAUGCACCCCUCCACGCCCCCCCCUCGGAACACUACACAAUCAUCUUCAACACCUUUGUCAUGAUGCAGCUCUUCAACGAGAUCAAUGCUCGCAAGAUCCACGGCGAGAGGAAUGUCUUCAAUGGCAUCUUCAGGAAUCCCAUCUUCUGUACCAUUGUACUGGGGACGUUUGCUGUUCAGAUUAUAAUUGUGCAAUUUGGGGGCAAACCCUUCAGUUGCUCCCCCCUGGACCUGGAUAAAUGGAUGUGGUGUGUGUUUCUGGGUGUAGGAGAGCUCCUUUGGGGUCAGGUGAUAUCAACAAUUCCCAACAGUAGGUUGAAGUUCCUGAAGGGGGCAGGUCAACUGACAGAGAAGGACGAGGUGCCAGAGGAGGAGAUGAACGAGGACAAUGAGGAGAUUGACCAUGCUGAGAGGGAGCUGAGACGAGGCCAGAUCCUUUGGUUCCGCGGCCUCAACAGGAUUCAGACUCAGAUACGGGUUGUGAAUGCAUUCCGUAGCUCCCUCUAUGAAGGCCUGGAGAAACCCGACUCAAGAACCUCCAUUCACAACUUCAUGACUCACCCCGAGUUUAGGAUAGAAGACUCUCAGCCUCACAUCCCCCUCAUUGAUGAUACUGAUGCCGAAGAGGACCCGACCUUAAGGAAGAACUCUAGCCAACCCUCUUCACCCAACAAGAACAACAACGCCAUUGACAGCGGCAUCAACCUGACCACUGACACUAGUAAAUCUGCUGCCUCGUCCAGUCCGGGCAGUCCUCUACAUAGCCUGGAGACGUCCCUCUAGCCCUCCUGUUGGGGACACAACUAGCUACAUACUCCAAGCGCAACAUGGCCAAGAAGGAGGAAGAGCACCUUCGGGCUGAUGGAUGUGUACAUGCUCCGAAGCUGAUUUUUUUAUUCGGCGGCAUGCAGAGGAAGCCGAGAUUGCUGUUGAGUGACUUGGAAAACUCUAUAAACUAUACACUACCCUUUCACGAGAAUAAAAUCACUAUAUUAUUAAUAGUUUAAAUAAUAAAAAUAUAUAUAAUUACUCCUGCAUGAAUGUAUAUUACCCAAGUUUUUAUUUAAUUUCAUUUUGAUUUUACUUUUUUUUUUUUUUUUUUUUUUUUUUUUUGAAUUGAUUUGAUUUUGGUGGGAAGUGCUGUGGACUGAUAUUUUAAGACAGCUUAUCUGAUUCACUGGUCUGUGAGUUUCUUGUGUGGCAUGUAUUAAACUGUAUAGAUUUAUUUGAUUAAAAAAAAAAUGACGUGUACUAAGGUUGCAGGACUCAACUUGCACAGUAGAUUUGCACUUGUCGGAAAAGAGAAACCCAUAAUAAAUAGAAUUUAUUGAAAUAUAUAUACAUAUAUAUGUAUAUAUAAAUAUAUAUACACAGAGUUUAUCUUUGUUUGUUGGCAUGUUGCCUUGUUUCUGCUUCAACGGCUUACUCCUUACUCCUUUAACUUAUUUACAUCCUAAAGAGAAUGUGAUUUGUUUACAAAACCCAUAGAUACUUCCUGGUUUAUUUGUAAGGUACAAAACCAUACUUCAGACGUAGUAGGAACAGCUCAAGUUGUUGAGUACUUCUGUAACAUUGGACUUUAGGUGUUUUAUUACAAACUGUGUGCUGGAUUUUGCCUGCUAUUUUGUUAAAUAUUGUAGAUAUUUUUAGGUUACAAAGACACCAAAAUAUAAUGGGAUACGUAAUUAAUGUGGCAUCUUAGUAUUACAUGAUUGUUGGGAUCAACUCUGAGCGGCAUCCUUUGUGUCCAGACACAGAUUUCAAGAUGGAGAGGUUUGUCUCUUUCCGUUCGUUUUCUUUUUUUCGAUGCUUGAAAUUUAUUUGAGAUCAUUCUCAAGAUCAAGAGGGCCGUUCAGGACUGAUUUUUUAAACUAUCUACUAUAUAAACACUGCUUGUUUAACACAAAUGUUUUAAACCUGUGUGACCAUCAAAGGCUGCGAUGGAUUUAUAACAUUAGAAACAAUUGCAAACUAAGUUAUAUUGGGCUUAUCUGUAUGAAAAUCAAAAGUUGUGUUGAAAUAUUGUGAGAUAUUGUGUUGAUUCUUUUUUUUUUUUAAUUUUAUUUUUGAAUUUAUUUCCUUAUAAGAAAUUAACCGGGCUUCUGGGCUUGUGGAAUUUUGAACACCAACUGAAAAAAAAACUAAAUUGAAUGUUGCUUUUUUUUAAGAAAAAGAUCCUUUUUCUGCACUAUCUGGUUAUGAAUGAACCUCUGUGUUGUAUAUUUAGAUGUGCUUUUGUGUGUUUUUAAUCAAGCUUGUCUUCCUGCAGUCACUAUAUAUACUCUAGCAUCCCAACAGUAUUCACAAGUUGUUAACUAUUUAUUAUGCUUUCCAAGUGGAGGGUCAGAGGUCAUGUAAGGCAGAUGUGCGACCAUCACAACCGGAUUUAUGGUCCUGAAAUGCGAUUAUUAUUAUUAUCACUAAUUCUGGCUUAUGAGGAAGGAUGGUGGAAUGCGCUCAAUAUGCAAGCUAAACAAAUCCAUUUUUUUUACUCUGAAUUCAAUAUUUUGACCUGUUUUUCUUUCUUUUCUUUUCUUUUAAUCUGCAUCCAUGGCUCCUGUCAUCAGUAGAUGGUGAACAACCUUAAACGGUUCGCUCAGGCAUGUAAAAAAGGAAAAAAAAAAAACACUUUUGGUUGGGACUGCCGGGAAAAUGCCUUUCGCGGUAAAGGCCUUCGCGUGUCACAGAGUCUGGCUUUGGCACGUUCGUCUGAUAUUCCGGUCAUUUUCACACCCUCGCGAUGCAAAUUCCGCCAGCGUCCUGCACCUGUUCGUACAUCAACCCGACAGUCAGCUUUAAGGCAAUUAACAGUGAGAAACAUAGAGUAUUAUUUGUAAAUAGUGUAGCCAAUCAUUUUCACUGGAGAUGCACAUCCAUGUUGGCUUAUACGCACAGGGACAUUUUAUGUGUGAUGCGGCAUUCGUUUUUUGUUUGUUUGUUUGUUUGUAUGAUUACUGUAGUACAGGUCGAGUAUUCUGCACAGAGUGCCCACAUUGGUGAGCAAACUCAUUCAUGCCGUUUCACUAUGACUAAUAUACCUAAACCACAAUAUUGAAGUAUAUUAUUAUGAAUAAUGACAAUGAUGAUGAUAAUAAAAUAAUGAUGACAAUAUCUCUCGCAAUACAUCAAAUGCUUCUAUGUACUGUAACUAGCAGCAUGCAUUUUGUGGAACAAACCAAUGAGAAGCGAAAUGCCAGUAGUAAAUUUGGCAUUCUUUCCAUGUAUGGGUAAAUGAUAAGUGUUCAUCCAUCUUGUUUUUAUGAAUUUUUUUAUCUAUACAAUAAUUGUAAAUAAAGAACUCAAUGUCUUUGUUCAUUUAAUACUAUGCAAAACGUCAUGCUUUCUGAUUGUUAACCCACCUACCCUAGAGUGUGUUGCUGGAAUGUCUGUGGUCUCAACAGUCAGUAAACAAUGUGAUGUAAAUGAUUUUAUAGUUUGACAAAAGUAACGAACUGUGACUCUUGCUGCUUUACUGUCCUGACCAUAACUCCAGACAGAAACGCAAGUGAAAGAAAUAAAUAAAUAAGAAAAAAAAAAUAGCACUAAAUAAAUUUCCCAGAGCAGCAUGAACCAGAA